AUACAUUUUAAAAAAUGAUCGUUACUUACAUUUAAGAAAAACCUUAAGCAUCCUGCACUUUAAAUGCUCUUAAUGCAUAAAUUGCGAUUUAGGUCGAAGAUUAUUUUUAUUCAAUUCGAAGGCUGGCAAGAAAAACUUGGACGGUGUGGAAAGGAGACAACGUGUCCAAAACGACGAUGAGACAGGAAUGGGUGUUGACGAUGAUGUCGUGUUUGUUGGUGUUUCCGUUACUGUUGUUUCCGACGGUGGCUGGGGCACCUCACGCGCUGCCAAGUCGUUUGGCUGUAACUGAGAGCGCCAAGUAUCUAACCGAUCAAGAGCUGUGGUUCUCACAGACGCUCGACCACUAUUCUCCCUACGAUCACCGCAAAUUCCAGCAACGUUACUAUGAGUUCCUUGACAAUUUCCGGAUUCCAGAUGGACCAAUUUUUUUGGUAAUCUGUGGUGAAUAUUCAUGCAAUGGGAUAAAAAAUGACUAUAUCAGUGUUCUGGCAAAGAAAUUUGGAGCAGCUGUGGUUUCUCUUGAGCAUCGCUAUUAUGGAAAGAGUUCUCCAUUUAAAUCUCUGACAACAAAUAAUUUGAGAUAUCUUUCAUCCAAGCAGGCGCUCUUUGAUUUGGCUGUUUUCCGCCAGAAAUAUCAGGAUUCCUUAAAUACAAAGCUUAAUAGAACGAACAGUGAAAAUCCCUGGUUUGCUUUCGGUGUCUCAUAUCCUGGGGCUCUCAGUGCGUGGUUCCGUCUCAAGUUUCCUCAUUUAACAUGUGGAAGUCUUGCAAGUUCUGCAGUUGUUCUUGCUGUUUACAACUUCACAGACUUUGAUAAGCAGAUUGGUGAGUCAGCCGGUGCUGAAUGUAAAGCUGCAUUACAAGAAACCACUCAACUUAUUGAACAAAAACUGGAAAUUAACAGAAAGGCACUGAAGGCUUCUUUUAAUGCAGCUGAUCUUGAAAUUGAUGGUGACUUCUUGUACUUUUUGGCUGAUGCUGCUGUUACAGCUUUUCAAUAUGGAAAUCCAGAUAUAUUAUGCAAGCCUCUUGUUGAAGCAAAGAAGGCUGGAGAGGAUUUGGUGGGUGCUUAUGCCAAGUAUGUCAAAGAGUAUUACCUUGGAACCUAUGGUGUUAAUGUACAAACAUAUAACCAAAAGUACUUGAAAAACACUGAAGUCAGUGAAAACAGUUCUGAUAGACUAUGGUGGUUUCAAGUUUGCACUGAAGUUGCAUACUUUCAGGUGGCUCCCUCAAAUGAUAGUGUGCGCUCAUCAAAAGUUGACACAAGAUACCAUUUGGACCUUUGCAAAAACGUUUUUGGAGAAGGUAUCUUUCCUGACGUGGAUGCAACUAAUAUAUAUUAUGGAGGCACAAAAAUUGCUGGUUCCAAAAUAAUAUUUACAAAUGGCUCACAAGAUCCUUGGCGUCAUGCAUCAAAACAAAUUUCAUCCCCUGAUAUGCCUUCAUACACUAUCACAUGUUACAAUUGUGGCCAUGGAACUGACAUGCGAGGAUGUCCUCAAGAUCCCUUUAACCUUGAAGGUGAUGAGAGGAACUGCACAUCCCCUGAUGCAGUUCACAAAGUUAGGCAAAAGAUCAUAGAGAAUAUGAACUUGUGGCUAUCUCAGUGCCAUGACCCCGGCAGGAAUUGUAUAUAAUUAUUUAUUUGUAUAUGAGUUGCAUGAUGUACAACAACAUACCCGAUUUCUAGUAGGUACAGAUAACUCGAAAAAGUAUAUAGUUUUGAGUCAUCUUUGUGCAAACUGACAAAAAGCAAGGCAAAACAGUUGUUUACAUAGAAUGGCAUUUCAUGCAAUAUAAAUAUUCUACCUAGUUAUAGCAUGUCUGGCAUUGCCAGAUAACGUUGUAGCAGUAAUCGUUUGUAACAUUUGAGUGUCACUAGCCUAAAUAUGUAUCCCCCGCAGUCAACUUUCCAUAUAGUCAUAAAUCUUUACCCUUCAUUUUAUUUUUAAAAUUUGACGAAAUUAAUAAAAUGUAAG